AUGCCUUUCACUCCAGUCGCCCUCUAUGGGCUUGAGGUUCCUUGCGGAGAUGUUAUGGUUCCAGCUACUCCAGACUUCCCAGCAUCUUUCCGUAUCACCAUGGCCGCAAUUGAUCCCACCGAAGCCCCAGAGGUUGAUGACAAGGCCGAAGGUACCAGCGUUCCAAGAGCUACCUUGAAAAUUGUUCGGACCCAGGCCUCAGACGACGAUGAUGAGGAGGACAAUGAGGAAUACAUGCGCGCCCUCUUGGCUGAGAGCGACUCGGAUGAUAGCGAAUCGGAGGAGGAAGCUAAUGGCGGACCAAGCGACCCAGCAAAGUCAAAGAAGGCCCGCAAGCAAGCUGCGCUGGAGCAAUUAAUGCAGUCAAUCAAGGAUGAUGGGUCUGAUGAGGAGAUGGAGGAUGCGGCUACCAAUGGCACCAAAGUCAGCAAGAAGGGAAAGUCCAAGCUGACAGACGAUGAUGACGACGAGGAGGAAGAGGAUAGUGAUGAAGAUAGCGAUGAUGGUGAGGAGCUCGAGAUUGAGGAAUUCGUUCUAUGCACUCUUGAUCCAGAAAAGCAUUACCAACAAACCUUGGACAUUACUGUCGGCGAGAAUGAGAAGGUCUACUUCAAGGUCACUGGUACUCACGCCGUCUACCUCACCGGAAACUUUCUCAUCCCAGAUGAUGAUGGACACAACCACCAUCACGAAGUUUAUGACUCCGAAGAUGAUGAAGAUGAUGAGGAUUAUGAUCUGUCUCCUGCCGAGGAUGAGCUUGAAAUGCUGAUGGACGACGAUGAGGAGUCUGAUGAUUUGGAUGCAUUCGAAAACCCUCGCAUCACCGAGGUUGAUUCCGAGGAAGAAGCUCCAAAACUCGUUGCAAAGGCUGACAAGAAAGCUGAGAAGAAGGGCAAGAACAAGCGCUCCGCCGAAGAGAUCGAGGAACCUGCUUCUCUUGACGAUAUCAUGGCCAAGUCUCUGAAGUCUGAUGAUGCUGAAGAGCCUAAGCUCAGUAAGAAACAGUUGAAGAAAUUGAAGAAGAACAAUGGCGAAGCUUCUUCUGCAAAGGUUGAGGAGUCAAAGGCCGCUGAUGGAACUCCAAAGAGCGACAAGAAGGUUCAAUUCGCAAAGAAUCUUGAACAAGGCCCGACUGGGUCUGCUGAAAAGGCUAAGCCUGCCGCACCCGCAAAGGAGGCCCCAAAGCCAGCUGUAAAGGCAGCAGAGCCAACCACCAAAGUCCUCAACGGCGUAAAGAUGGAAGAUAAGAAGGUCGGCAAAGGACGAGCAUGCAAGAAAGGUGACAAGGUCGGCAUGCGAUACAUCGGCAAGCUUACCGAUGGUAAGGUCUUUGACUCAAACAAGAGUGGCAAACCAUUUUCCUUCAAGCUUGGUACCGGCGAAGUCAUCAAAGGUUGGGAUAUCGGUGUUGCUGGAAUGGCCGUUGGCGGCGAGCGACGAAUCACCAUUCCGGCCCAGCAAGGAUACGGCUCUCAAAAGAUCCCUGGCAUUCCUCCAAACAGCACUCUGGUAUUUGAUGUCAAGUUGAUGGAAAUCAAGUAG